AUGCCGGUGAUCAGCCGCCCGACGCCCACCACGCCGGCCACCGUGCGCGCCUACGCGCGGGCGCUGGCGCAGUACGCGGGAGCGCAGUGGGCGGAGAGCGCCCGGGCGCUGGAGGCCAGUUUGCGCCUCCACCGCCUGCUGCGCGACAGCGAAGCGCACUGCCACCGCCGCUGCGCCGUGCCCGCGGAGGGGGACCCCGCGGAGGAGCCCCCCGCGGAGGGGGACCCCGCGGCGUGGGAGUGGGAGCGGGAGAUGCAGCUCUUCGGGCGGCUGCUGCGCCGGGCCGGCUGCCUGCGCGCCUGCAAGCGCGACUUGCCCGUCUUCCAGCUGCGCUACCCCCCCGCGCAAACGCUGCGCGACUUCCAGCGCCGCCUGCCCUACCAGUACCUGCACUACGCGCUCUUCAAGUCAAAUAGGAUCGAGAAAGCGGUGUCCGCUGCCCACACCUUCCUGCAGAAGAACCCCAAGCAUGAGAUGACCUUGAAGUACCUGAACUAUUACAGGACGAUGCUGGACGUGGAUGAAUACCUGGUUGACCUGGAGGCUCAGCCCUACGAGCCGAUAUUCGUGCGGUCGGUGAAGCUGGACAACAACGGGGACCACUUUGUGAGCGUGCUGCAGUGCAAGGUGGACUGUGAGACCGAGCUCACCCCCAACGUGGGUGGCUACUUCGUGGAGAAGUUCGUGGCCACCAUGUACCACUACCUGCAGUUCGCCUACUACAAGCUGAACGACGUGCGGGACGCGGUGCGCAGCGUCUCCAGCUACAUGCUCUUCGACCCGGGUGACGCCGUGAUGCAGCAGAACCUGGUCUACUACCGCUUCCACCGCGAGCGCUGGCGCCUGCUGGAGGAGGACUUCGAGCCCCGGCCGGAAGCCGUGCGCUACCACAACCGGACAGCCGCCCAGAAGAAGAUGCUGGACUUCGCCAGGCAGUACCUGCAGGCUGACGAUGAGAUGGAGGUGGACGACGGCGAGGGGCCGGAGGCGUGGGACCUGCCCUCCGACGGCGAGUUCGAGGGCGAAGGCGACUAUGAGGAGGGCUUCUAUGCAGAGUGGUGGCAGGAGCCCAAGACCAAGGGGGACAAAGCCGACCAAGGUUCCUGA